GACUGUGGGAGUAAAGUGGAGCUCAAGGGAAACUGUAGGCAAUGACUUGAGGAAUUAUGACCGUUAACUUUUCAUAUUUUAUAAUUCUUUAAUUUGCAUUGAUAUUUAGAAAGCAGGACUGCAGCUGGUCUAUCAGCUCCGCGGGUGUGGAGUAGGUGUUAGAUUUUGGUUUGGGCGGUGAGGACAUGUCCUUAGCAAGACGAGCAAUGAACGGAGUAGUGAACUUUAAAAUUCGGAAAAGCCAACUGUUCAUUACUGAUGAACGCAUCCUCCUACAAGCCGCUUUUUUUUUGGUGGAGAACCAGUCGCUUCCCUAAGCCGCUGUACUUUUUGCAAGGGAUUUUCUUAGAACGCUUUAUGCAGUGUAUAUAAACAGUAUAUAAAACACUGUGGAGUCACAAAAAAAAGCGGAGAGAGAAAGAUGCUUGCAAUCGACUCUACAUUCAUUAUGAAGAUGCAGUUUCUGCUACUGGGUGCCUUACUUAUAAUCAUCCGAUCUACAAGUUGCCUGGAGGCUCCUGGUAAUAAUUACGAAGUCCUUCAGCCCAAUGUUGUCGUCGUGGAGGUCGAUCUGGCCGACCCCAACCCCAUGGUGCAGGUGCCCCUGCAGUGCCAAGAAUCCCUUGAGCAUGAGGAGAUUAUGUGGAAGAAUGAUGGUGUGCAGCUGCUACAGCGGGGCAAUGAGAUCAACAUCACUGUGGAGGAGAUGUUAGGAGGGAAUUAUACGUGCCAUGAUAGCAUGGGAUCCUUCCUCAACUACACCCUGGUGCUGAUUAGGAAAAACAGCCGGAAAAUCCUGAUGGGCUCCCAGGAUACAGGUUACAUCAAAUGUUCAACGCAGAACUACAACGGAUCAUUCAAGUGUGCUUGGAACUGGAGACCACGGAGAACAGGAGAAGUUGUGUUUGUCAAAGCAGAGCGUCACUCACAGGCGAGCGCUGUCACAUGCUCCCUGAGCACCAAUCAGUUGUCCAUCUCUUGCCUGGAUCAGACCUACUGUCCUUACUCAGAGGAACUGGACCAAAUUUUCCUGAAUGUGGGCGUCAGAUAUUUGUAUCGUCUCGAAGAAUACUCUCUGACUUUCUUCAUCAAUGAAAUAGUGAAGCCAGGCAGGGUCCAGUUCACCAGGAUCGACCCAAAACGGAUCCAGCUGGAAUAUCCCGACAGUUGGAGCCUCCCGCACUCCUACUUCCCGCUCGCGUUUCAGGUGAAGGAGGUGCCGCGCGGAGGCGACUGCAGCUGUGAGUCGCGGCAGGCAGAGGAGAAGAUAAACACCAUAGAGGAUCGCCAGUGGAAUGUCAGAAAAGGCUAUGUUGUCUGUGCCAGGGCCCAGGAUGCUCUAUGCAACUCCAUGUGGAGCGACUGGAGCCUGUACAAUGAUUUUCACUGAUAGUUCAUCAAGAGCAUUCAAAAGCAUGACAGAGAGAAAAAAAUUCAACGGAGCCAAAAAUCAUCAGAUCAAGCAGUAGAGCCUCAUGCAAGCGUCAUGUCCUGCUUCUUUGUUCUUACAGUCUUACAACUUUUAAAAUAAGUUUUUACUUUAUUUAUUAUCUAUGUAUUUAUUUAUUUACAACACAAUCCAUAAAUAUCUAUUUUUUAUGCUAAACGAAAUCCAUAAUAUACUGAUCCACAGACUUACAUAUGGUUAAUAAAAUGAUAAGAUAUAUAUUUAUACCACAUAUGGUCACUACAAUGGUAAGAUGUAUAUUUAUAAAACAUAUGGUCACUAAAAUGGUAAGAUGUAUAUUUAUACAGCUUCCUGGGUGAUUCUGCCUGGGGUCAGUUGCACAACUUUAAACUAUUGUGUAAUUUUUUUGUAUGCUAAAGGAAGCUAAAAUGGAUGCAAACAAAAUAAGCUAUUCAAAAGAUUAUUUAUUAUUUAUUGUUACUAUUUAUAUAGCUAUGCAAAGAUUGGAGUUGGGUGCUCAUUAUGAAUUUGUUUAAAUUAUGUUAAACAUUAGGUAUGGAUUUCUGUGACAAAGUGAUCACCUGACUUAUGAGAUAUUGUCCUGCUAUACAGUGUUGUAAAAUCA